AUGGCAAGCUCAGAGGACACUUUUCCCGUUGUCGAUGCAGACAGAGAGUUGAAUCAUGACUGGAACAAAAAUUUUGAGGUUGAUCCCGUAUCAUCGGAAAUGGCUACCUCAUUGGAGAUUAAGGAAAAAGCUGAAGCAGCAGAAAAACAGAAAAAGAUGGGAAAGAAGGAUGCAUUGCAAACACUCAAAUCUACCAUCAUUGUUUCAGGAAUCAUUGUGGCUGUGUGUGGAGCAAUCUUUGCCAUAACCAAGAAACUAAAAGAGAAGUGA